AUGGAAUCUUACGACCCCCAAACGACCUUCGCGUAUUUCCGAACGCACCAGGAUACCUGGAGCGCGUCGCCUCCGUCCGGUUACGAGAGCAACUCCGAAGAUGCUUUCCAAACAAGUCCGUGCGGCGGCAAGAUCCGCGUCUCGCCCCAGGUGCUUCGUCAAAGACGUCUGGCCGCCAACGCGAGAGAGCGGAGGAGAAUGCAACACUUGAACCAGGCGUUCGAUAGGCUGAGGACGUUCCUACCUCAGCUGGGCCAGGACAGGCAGCUCAGCAAGUACGAGACUUUGCAGAUGGCGCAAACGUACAUCACGGCACUCUACGACCUCCUGGAUGGAGCGUCGAACCGUUGA